CCCCCACCCGUUCCAACUUGUUAUGGCAGGAAGAAGCCUACCGUGGAAGGGUUUGAACGUUGUCAGUCGGGAAAGUUAACUUGUUCCAGUAAUGGAAACGAAUUUGAGAUGACUGCAAUAUUGGAGUCUACAGCGAUAUAACAAAGAACAACUUGUUGUAUAGAAAAAUAUUUUGGAAGUAGGAAGAACCGUAUCUUUUUUUUUACCGAGUUUUAGCCUAGCUAGCUAGCAUUACAUUAGCCAUCAGUCACUACCGCACAGACACUCAGGGAGGCACUCAAUGUUUUUUGGGGAGGGGAUUACGGACGACUCUCCUUGCGACUAAAAUUGCACAACAUUUGUUGUAAUCGUAAAGUUUUGUUUGUUCCAUCAACAGAGUCGUCAAGAGUAGCUACAAUACGUUUUCUUUCCACUGUUUGGGGGUACUUUGAAUUUCCCUCCUUUUUCAAUCCCAGGCAGAUGAAAAGGGGUUUGGGGUUGUUGUCUAGCACCAGUUAACUAGCCAUUUGCUAAUAGUUGUAGUCAGUUCUCAAGGGUACUUAGCUAUACUUUUUGUUCUUCCCUUCGGAAAGGACAACUUUUGAUAACUUUGUAUCGAGGCAAAGUCGGGAAAUCACCGGGUGUGUUUGUGGAUUUAUUUUUGUUCUCCCUUUGAGGAAACUAUCUCUACACAAAUGGAUCCUAAUUCUGGGAAUUCUGCCUCUGCCUCUGCUCCCAAAAGCAAGAAGGACAAGAAAGAAAAGAAAAACUAUGAAGAUGGAGACGGCAAAAAGAAAUUUAAACUCAAACGGCUGAUUCCUGAUGAGUUGGAGCGUUUCACCAGCAUGAGGAUGAAGAAGGACAAGGAGAAGCCUCAUGCAGCCGGGCAGCGCCACUCCAACGCUGCCCACUACGAGGUUCCUACCCAGGGGACCAUGCUGCACGACCACCCUGACGAAUACGUCCUGGAACUCUUCGAACAGAUGCUGGUGGAUAUGAACUUGAACGAGGAGAAGCAGCGGCCUCUGCGGGCAAAAGACAUCGUCAUCAAACGAGAGAUGGUGUCUCAGUACCUCCACACGUCCAAAGCUGGUCAGAACCAGAAGGAGAGCUCCAAGUCAGCCAUGAUGUACAUCCAGGAGCUGAGGACUGAGCCCAGAGACACACAGCUCCUGGGCUGUCUGGAAUCACUCCGGGUCUCCCUCAACAACAACCCUGUCAGCUGGGUGCAGAACUUUGGAGACGAGGGCCUGGUUCUGCUGCUCAACAUCAUGAGGAAAAUCCAGGAGGAGAGGGACGAGUACCCAAACAUGGGCAUGAAGUGUCAACAUGAGAUUGUGCGCUGUCUCAAAGCCUUCAUGAACAACAAGUAUGGUCUGAAGGCCAUGUUGACGUCUGCCGAGGGCAUCCCUCUGCUGGUCCGAGCCAUCAACCCCCGGGUCCCUCACAUGAUGGUGGAUGUGGUCAAACUGCUCUCGGCCAUCUGCAUCCUGGAACACCCUGACAACCUUCAUGAGCGUGUUCUGGAGGCCAUCACUGAGGAGGCAGAAAAGCAGGACAAUGAGAGGUUUCAGCCACUCCUCUUAGGUAUGAACAAGCCCAACAUCGCCUUGAAGAAUGGCUGUAUGCAGCUCAUCAACGCUCUCAUCAGUCGAGGAGAAGAGCUGGACUACAGGAUCCACAUCCGCUCAGAGCUGCUGAGACUGGGCCUACGAGACCUGCUGACGGAUAUUCGGACCAUAGAGAAUGAGGAGCUGAGGGUGCAGCUCAGUGUUUUUGACGAGCAGGCAGAGGAUGACUCUGAUGAACUCCAGGCCCGCCUCAACGACGUGCGCAUCGAGAUGGAUGACGUGACCGAGGUGUUCCAGAUCCUGAUGAACACGGUCAAAGACUCCAAGGCCGAAACACACUUCCUGUCUCUGAUGCAGCACCUGCUGCUGGUUCGCAACGACUACAUGGUCAGGCCCCAGUACUACAAGCUGAUAGAUGAGUGUAUAGCUCAGAUCGUGUUGCACAGGAACGGAGCCGACCCAGACUUCAAGUGCCGUAAUCUCAGCCUGGACGUUGAGGGGUUAAUUGACAACAUGGUGGACAAGACCAAGGUGCAGAGCAGUGAGGCCAAGGCCAUAGAGCUGGAGAAGAAGCUGAAUGCAGAGCUGACGGCGCGCCAUGAGCUGCAGGCGGAGCUGAAGAAGAUGGAAGGAGACUAUGAACAGAGAGUCCAGGAGCUGGCCACUGAGAAGGAGAUUCUGGGCUCUGAGAAGCAGGCGAGAGAGAGCGAGAAUCAGACCUUACUGGGACAGAUCAACACGUUCAAAGAACAGAUAGAGACGCUCAAUAAGGAUCUGGAGGAAGCCAAGACCAGAGUUGUCACGGUCCAUGUCCCAGUUGGCCCUGCUCCUCCCACUGCCCCCCCUCUCCCAGGGCAAGUUAGGAUGCCCGUGCCCCCUCCUCCACCCCUACCUGGACAAACAUUCCUCUCUCCUCCCCUACCAGGGAUGCCCGGCCCCCCUCCGCCACCACCCCUACCAGAUGCCCGGCCCCCUCCGCCACCACCCCUACCAGGGAUGCCCGGCCCCCUCCCCUCCUCCCUACCAGGGAUGCCUGGCCCCCUCCCCCUCCUCCCCUACCAGGGAUGCCCGGCCCCCUCCCCUCCUCCCCUACCAGGGAUGCCCGGCCCCCCUCCCCCUCCUCCACUCCCUGGUGGUCCUGGAAUGCCCCCUCCACCCCUUCCUGCACCUGGCAUGGGCAUGCCCCUGCCGCCUCCUGGUAUGGGUGGUUGGGGAGCCCCUGUGCCACCCCCUCUGCCCUUUGGCCUGUCGCCCAAGAAGGAGUACAAGCCUGAGGUGCAGCUGAAGCGGGCCAACUGGAGCAAGAUUGGAUAUGAGGAUCUGUCUGAGAAGAGUUUCUGGACAAAGGCCAACGAGGAUCGCUAUGAGAACAACGAGCUCUUUGCCAAACUCACCCUGGCCUUCUCCUCCCAGACCAAGACCUCCAAAGCUAAGAAAGACCAGGAGGGAGAGGAGGAAAAGAAAACAACCCAGAAGAAGAAGGUGAAAGAGUUGAAGGUGUUGGACUCCAAAUCAUCUCAGAACCUUUCCAUCUUCCUGGGCUCGUUCCGUCUGCCCUACGAGGAGAUCAAGAACGUCAUCCUGGAGGUCAACGAGAAGCUGCUCUCUGAGUCCAUGGUGCAGAAUCUUAUCAAGCAGCUGCCUGAACAGGAAACGCUAAAUGUUCUGGGUGAGAUGAAAGACGAGUAUGAAGACCUGGCAGAGGCCGAGCAGUUUGGAGUCGUGAUGUCGACGGUGAAGCGGCUGAAGCCUCGGCUGACGGCCAUCUUGUUCCGGCUGCAGUUUGAGGAGCAGCUGAACAACAUCAAGCCAGACGUGGUGUCCGUGACGGCGGCCUGCGAGGAGCUGAGGAUGAGCGCCACCUUCUCCCAGCUGCUGCAGCUCAUCCUGCUGGUGGGCAACUACAUGAACGCCGGUUCCCGCAACGCCAAGGCCUUCGGAUUCAGCAUCAGCUACCUCUGCAAGCUGCGGGAUACCAAGACGGCUGACCUGAAGCAGACGCUGCUGCACUUCCUGGCUGACGUUUGUCAGGAGCAGUAUCCCGACGUCAUGACCUUCCCAGACGAGCUCAUCCACGUGGAGAAGGCCAGCCGAGUGUCGGCUGAGACUCUGCAGAAGAACUUGGAGCAGAUGGGCCGUGCGCUGAAGAGUCUGGACAAAGACCUGGAGACCUUCCCUCCUCCACAGAGUGACAGGGACAUGUUCAUAGAGAAAAUGAAUAGCUUCGUGGGCAGUGCCAGAGAGCAGUACGAGAAGUUGGACAUGAUGCAUAAGAACAUGGAGAAGCAGUACUCUGACCUGGGGGACUACUUUGUGUUCGACCCUCGCAAGAUUUCUGUCGAAGAGUUCUUUGGCGACCUCAACAACUUCAAGAACAUGUUCCAGCAAGCCGUGAAGGAGAAUGCGAAGAGGAGGGAGGCGGAGGAGAAGAUCAAGAGAGCAAAGCUGGCCAGAGAGAAGGCUGACAGGGAGAAGGAGGAGAAACAGAAGAGAAGCCAACAACUGGACCUCAACGAAGAGGGUGAUGAGACUGGUAUCAUGGACGGCCUGUUGGAGGCGCUGCAGUCUGGUGCUGCCUUCAAGAGGAAGAGAGGCCCACGACAAGCUGCCAACCGGAGAGCUGGUCAUGCAGUAACGAACAUCCUGGCCAAAGAGUUGAUGAAGGAGGACACCCCGCCCUCCUUCAGCAAACCGCUCAAUAAGAAGACCAAGGCCGAACAGAAGGAGGAGCCUAGCAUAGAGGGGGCGGGGUCACUAGAUGAUCUCUUAGAGGAAAGCCUAUCACGGUCCAGUUAAAAACGGGUUGAAGUUACCCCUUAGCCACAGAUCUUGGAUCAGCCUACCAUAUCCUAACCUUAACCAUGGGGGCAGGGAUACAAACUGAUCUUAGAUCAGUGUCUAGCGGCAACUUCCUCCUACUCUCCUUCAUAGGACCACGGGAUUGGACAGACUGGGUCUGAAGGGGCCAAUGGAUGAGUGCGGGGCUCUCACCUUAACCACACCCCCAGGGUUUCGCAGGCUGCCUUGCUAUUAGUCGCUUCCACGCUGAGGGAGGGCUCUUGCUCUGCCGUAUUAACGUACAGUGUAUGGUCAAGCGUCGGCAACUGCACACAUCCACUGCACUCUGUCUAUCGCUCAUUCAGUCUCUCUUUCUCUAUCAGUCUCUCUCGCGCACACUAUCUAUCCGUCUACUCUCCUCUCUAAAGUACGUCUUGAGAGGGAUAGGAUGGAUUUCCCAAUCCAGAUGGUUGGACUGUCCUACCUAUGUGGAGGCCCUGAUGUUUUAUAGGACAGGCUUUGCUUUUUCCCAGGUUUGCUUUCAAACCUGUUAAAUGUUGCUCUGUAAUUGUCAAAUAUGCUGUAUGUUUGUCUUGCUGUAUGUUUAUAAAAGAAACAAGUGCCAACCAAUACAACUUCAAGUUGCACAUGUCAGCCCUCGUGUUGUCCAAUAGGAGUUUGUGUUGGGUCAGGGUGGACCAAGGGAUAAGUCUAAGUGUGUUUGUGCGCCCGCUCGCGCAUGUUCCACAGUCCUCAUCUCAUUUCCCCGGGUCUUUGCUCUUUAUGUUCUCUGUGAUUCACAGGGAGGAGUCACUAUGUCGGUGAUAAAGACUAUAGAGCCCCAUUGGCAUCUCUCAAAGGACGUCUCCACAAGCAGGAAAUUGUGUGUGUGUCCAGAGCUACGUGUGUGUGUGUGGAUGUUAGUGGUUGUUUGUGCAUCUAUGUUGUGUGCGUGCGUGUGUGAGUUUGUGCUUGGGUAUGCUCUGCCAUCUGUAAUUAUUGUGUGGUUCUGCCUGCCUGUCUGCCGUCAUCAUAAAUGCUAUAUUUCCUAAACAGCGCUGUGGUCUUUCUGCUGAAGUUACAGCACACUGGAGACCUGCCCCCAAAAAAUGCUGAGACGAGUGUGUGUCCCCGAGUGUGUGUCCCCGAGUGUGUGUGUCCCCGAGUGUGUGUGUCCCCGAGUGUGUGUGUCCCCGAGUGUGUGUGUCCCCGUGUGUGUGUCCCCGAGUGUGUGUGUCCCCGAGUGUGUGUGUCCCCGAGUGUGUGUGUCCCCGAGUGUGUGUGUCCCCGUGUGUGUGUGUGUGUGUGCGCGCUUUCCCCUUUAGACUGCAACGGCCAUGAAUGUCUGGCCUUUCUGGUUUUGUAUUUAGUAACCAUCAGCAAAUGUUGCCGCCACAACGUUGGUGUAAUCCAAGGAGAAUGAUAAGCAGUUCUGUCAGUUGACCCAUGCUAUACCAAUCCCUAUGCAAACAUGACAUAUCCCUACUGCUGAUCUCAAGUCAGUCACAAACGGUUCGAACAUCUGCUUGAAUAACUGUGGUUUUCCCGUAAGCGCUGAUCAGAGAUGGGUUUGUUCAGGUCUCUGGACUAGAACCAAGCACAAGCUGUUGUGCUUCUACCAGCACAACGUGUUGUUAUUAUCAAGAGCUGAGCGGUCGUUUCAUGAUUAUAAUCGUUGCUUCCUGCAGUAUAUUUCAAAGGUAUAAAAAGGACCAACGUUACCGCAGCGUCCGUGUGACUUAACAACUGCAGUCAAGGGGCAACGAGGAAACAUUUUAGCCCUUAGAUUGUAGUUGUUCGCCAGAAACGAGAGGAUGACGUGUCGACCGUAAGACAACGUUCCUUGUGCGGAUGAGUCUUUUCAGGUGAUCCUGUCCCUAUUAUUUAAGUGGUCUUUUUAAAGGACGUUGAGGAAAGGCUGAAAAAACAUCACUGGAAAAUAAUAACAUUUUCUGGCCUGAUUUUCUAAUUUUUUUCUAGAUUUUAUUUAAUUUUUUCAUUUUAUAAGAGCUUGUUUUCUAUGUGAAUUUUUACACUUGUUUUAAUGGACGUUAAAAGUAUAGGUUAAAGUUGGUUUCUGGAGAUAUCACUGUGGUAAUGUGUAUUAAAUGAUCGUGUGUGCUGUCCGCUACCAUUAAAAUGACUUCGAUAAACAA